AUGGAAAUCAACUUUGUUGAGCCUCAAGAAAUUGAUUUUUUCAUCCAAUCAAUUCAAGAGUUUGAAGUUUUUGAUAUCGGCAGCAAAAACUGGUUAGAAACUCAUGAAAAAAUAAUAAAACUAAAUCAGCAGGCGAUCGUUGAAGCGUCAGGAAAUCGCGAAGAAGUGGUGAAAGAAUUAUUGAUUAUUAAAAAUAAGUUGCCAAUCUUAAUUCACGAAGUUCUUUCUAUUUCCGUUUGGCGAAAACAAGUUUUGCCUAAACUUUCUACAAAUAGCAAUAUCUCGGGUAGUUUUUUCAUUUAUUCGGUCUUGUUCCACGAAUCUGUAAUAUUAUCUUUGCUGGAGUUGGUAUUGUACCACGAAAAUUCUUGUGUUGCUCUUGAAGAAACCGUCGUCGACAUGAUUGAUUACUGCGUUGAAGGAAUAAUAUAUUUGAUAGGACUUUUUCAAGACGGUCAUCACCAAAACGAGAUUGAAGAUUCUUCCAGUGAGGAAAUCGAUCAUCAAAAGAAGGGUAUCUUAUUCGAAAUAGGAAUGAAAUGCAUUAUAAUCCUGAGUUAUUUAUGUGACAAUGUCUCGAAUCUCUCCGUAAGUGUAGCGAGAAGAGUUACGCAAACACAUGACAUACCUUGCUUGCUAAGCGAGCUGUUGGCAAUUCGUCCUUGGCUGCGAAAAUGUAAAAGCUUUGAGAAGUUCAUUGAUGGAAAGUGGGUAGCAGUUGAAGGUGAAGAAAUCCUAAAGGUUGUUAAAGUCGAAGCUCAAACUUGGUUCUGCUUAAGAAGUAUAAUGUUUCAACGUGAAACUUUUGAAAACUAUGAAAUAAACUCAUUUCGGCAAAGGGAAUUAGGAAAAUGUUCAGGACUUUUAAAUGAUUUGAUAUUGGAACAAUUACCUCCAUUGGCUGAUCUUAAAAAGUUUCUUUGCACACUUCAAAUUUCUUCAUCUCACCAAAACAAUUUAGAUCGUUUAGUAUUGGAAGUUGUUCCCCAGGUGUUGAACAACAUUAUUAAGAAUGCUGAGAAAAAAGGAUGGAAUUCCAUCAUUGAUCAUCAUAAGAAAAUCUUUGUUGAAAUGGAUAAAACGAACAUUGUGGACAUAGCUAAACAAUUGAAUAAAAGUUACGACUGGGACAAGAUGAUUGACUUUGAGGAAAAUCAGGAAAAACAGAGAACUCAGACAGUUUCAAAAUUAUGUGCUGCUUGUAAAAAGGAAGCUGAAAAGAAAUGUUCUCGAUGCCAAAUCGUUUUCUACUGUUGCCGAAAUUGUCAAGUCAAAGAUUGGAACAACCAUAAAGAAAAAUGCUACCAAUAUGUUGUGUAAAUUAUCAUACUUCCACUUUAUUUAUGUUAUUCACAUACAUGUUUUGCACAUAAAAUU